CUGCCCCACUCUUUCGAAUUUUGAUAACGCCGUACAUAUAUAGAUUAACUUUUAUUGUAUCGAGGCACCGGAACCAAGAACUCGGAUUUUUAACGGCUAUCUUCAUCUUCAACACCCCCAAGCAUCUUCUUUCCCAAGUUUUUUGACCCCUAGAAAUGCCCACCAAACGUAAUUCUAGCACGCGCAGACCGCGCGACUACGAUGAGUAUGAAUCGACAUCUUCCAGUGACUUAGAGUCAGAUAUUGAUCAUGUAAACGUCCCUACUAAGCGCAAUAGAAGCGGCGUGACACGCUCAUCGUGGACGGCGACAACGCUCCCAGAUGCAACAAACCGCACGCAACAGGGUCGAAGAGCUCGAUGUUCCACCGUUUCAACGGGCGGGAACCUCUCACCCCCGGCCAGUAGGAUUUCCGGGGGAAAUCCGGCAGCACAGAACGGAAAAAAAGCUGCCGGGAAUCAGUCGGGUUCGGCGCCAAGAAGAAUCAACAAUGCCAUAUCGGCCGCUCAGCGGAAGAAACUUGAAGAGCAAGCCGAUAAUGCCGCAAAGCAGCGCCGCAAAACGGUAGCCAAAGUGCUGAGCGAUCGGAUCAUGUCUGACCUCAUGUCUAUAGGCAUUAUUUCGAGGGAUGUCGCCCAGGUUUGUUCGAGCAAGCUUGGCUGGAAUGAACACGAGUGGAAGACUUGUAUGAAUAACUCGAAAGUAAUUGUGUACGAGCCACUUGAAGUUGAACAAGAGGUUAGUGUAACUCGGAAGCGUGCAUAUUCGUCGGCCAGGAGGCCGCUUUCCGUCAAGUCGAAGGUAUGGAGUGUUUCGCUCGAAGUGGACGCCCUGAGUUUGUGCAUUACAAACGCCGGCGGAAACAGAGUGCGUUACCAAGACGGCGAUAACGAGAAUCGUCAAUUCAAGUCCCACUCCGAAAAAUCUCUGUCUUGGAGUAACGUCGAUGAUCUGUCCGAGGUGAAAUCGGUGUUUGUCCAUCGGAGCGUCCUCCAAGAUUUCCUUUGGGAUGGAUCGCCAUCCCUCGUCGAUCUCGUCCGCAAAGAGCCUCGCGCACAAAUUUUUACUUUCGGUUGCGACAAGGCGGCGCCUGCCUCAUUAAACUCGACUGAAUCAAACCCCCGAAUUGAGAUGAUCCUCUGCGCAGGCGCGGUAAUUGUCCCGACCUUCGAUAGUUUAUUCAAGAAUCCUUCGGAAGAUGAUCAGAAGCGCCGACAAUACUUCCAAAAAAUUAAGGCCGCCUGUCAUACACAUCCAUUCCUCAAGAUUUGCUUACACCCGUCGAUGAAAACCCAGCUCUAUAAGAACCUGGAAGAGGACGAGUCGGACAUCAGUAUGGAAUUUAUCAUAGAUUUCUUGAAGCAACAAUUCGAUUGUCCCAAGGAGGCAAAUGUUUCUAUGGGAGAUUGGAUUAAGCUUGAUCGGAACAUAAUAGCUUGGUUAUCGUCGGACUCAAAUCCAGAACUUGACGAGGACUGCGACGAGGACGUCGCCGAAGUAACGACGAUUGCAAGAACCUUGAAACUGGUACAGAAGGAGCUGUAUUCUGAGUUUAGAAGGUUCAUCAUUGCUAUCCCGGAAGGACACCCAUACGCCGAUCGAAAAUCUUUCGAAGGGGUUGAAUUAAUGAAGAUUAGCGAACUAUUUGAUUUUCUUCCUGGCGAACAGAUUUUUUGAUUUACAUUUCAGUCACUCCAUAUCGAAAGGUUCGCGCUGGAGGAAGAGAUCCUAGUCCACCUGAUUAUAUGCUAUUUUUGAUCGAAUAAUUUGUAUGAAUAACAGCAAUUCUUAUCACUUUGAGAGUGGUUGAACGCAAAAUGAUGUCUGGAGACUGUCAUGACUUUUUUUUUAUCUGCUUAGCCCACCCUGUGGUUCAUUUUUAGUUAUUUAUCCUACAAUAUACCUGAUAGUGUAGGCUAAUAGCUCUGAUCUCGUUCUGAUUCUAUACCAAAAAAAUUCCUACUUUAAAAUAUACCCUCUUCAAUGUUACAAUCCUCUUGCAGGUUAUGCUUU